GGCUGGCGGGCCCGGGUAUAAAAGGCGGCGCGGGCGCGGGCCCUGACGCAGAGGCUGGUGGCUGGCGGCUCGGACUCUUCUCGCAGCGCGGCGGGGCUCUAGUGUCCCAGGCCCGGCCGGCGCGGAGAGCAUGGCGGGCGCGGGUCCGAAGCGGCGCGCGGUAGCGGCCCCGGCGGCCGAGGAGAAGGAGGAGGCGCGGGAGAAGAUGCUGGCGGCCCAGCCUGCGGACGGCGCGGCCCCGGCGGGCGCCGGGGAGGGCGAGGGUGUGACCCUGCAGCGGAGCAUCACGCUGCUCAACGGCGUGGCCAUCAUCGUGGGCACCAUCAUCGGCUCCGGCAUCUUCGUGACGCCCACGGGCGUGCUCAAGGAGGCGGGCUCGCCGGGGCUGGCGCUGGUGGUGUGGGCCGCGUGCGGCGUCUUCUCCAUCGUGGGCGCGCUGUGCUACGCCGAGCUGGGCACCACCAUCUCCAAGUCGGGCGGCGACUACGCCUACAUGCUGGAGGUCUACGGCUCGCUGCCCGCCUUCCUCAAGCUCUGGAUCGAGCUGCUCAUCAUCCGGCCCUCCUCGCAGUACAUCGUGGCCCUCGUCUUCGCCACCUACCUGCUCAAGCCGCUCUUCCCCACCUGCCCGGUGCCCGAGGAGGCUGCCAAGCUCGUGGCCUGCCUCUGCGUCUUGCUGCUCACGGCCGUGAACUGCUACAGCGUGAAGGCCGCCACCCGGGUCCAGGAUGCCUUCGCCGCCGCCAAGCUCCUGGCCCUGGCUCUGAUCAUCCUGCUGGGCUUCGUCCAGAUCGGGAAGGGUGAUGUGUCCAAUCUAGAUCCCAAGUUCUCAUUUGAAGGCACCAAAUUGGAUGUGGGGAACAUUGUGCUGGCUCUAUACAGCGGCCUCUUUGCCUACGGAGGAUGGAAUUACUUGAAUUUUGUCACAGAGGAAAUGAUCAACCCCUACAGAAACCUGCCCCUGGCCAUCAUCAUCUCCCUCCCCAUCGUGACACUGGUGUACGUGCUGACCAACCUGGCCUACUUCACCACCCUGUCCACCGAGCAGAUGUUGUCAUCGGAGGCCGUGGCUGUGGACUUCGGAAACUAUCACCUGGGCGUCAUGUCCUGGAUCAUCCCUGUCUUUGUGGGCCUGUCCUGCUUCGGCUCAGUCAAUGGGUCCCUGUUCACAUCCUCCAGGCUCUUCUUCGUGGGGUCCCGGGAAGGCCACCUGCCCUCCAUCCUCUCCAUGAUCCACCCGCAGCUCCUCACCCCCAUGCCAUCCCUUGUGUUCACGUGUGUGAUGACGCUGCUGUACGCGUUCUCCAAGGACAUAUUCUCUGUCAUCAACUUCUUCAGCUUCUUCAACUGGCUCUGCGUGGCCCUGGCCAUCAUCGGCAUGAUCUGGCUGCGCUACAGAAAGCCCGAGCUUGAGCGGCCCAUCAAGGUGAACCUGGCCCUGCCCGUGUUCUUCAUCCUGGCCUGCCUCUUCCUGAUUGCCGUCUCCUUCUGGAAGACCCCUGUGGAGUGUGGCAUCGGCUUCACCAUCAUCCUCAGCGGGCUGCCCGUCUACUUCUUAGGGGUCUGGUGGAAAAACAAGCCCAAGUGGCUUCUCCAGGGCAUCUUCUCCACGACCGUCCUGUGUCAGAAGCUCAUGCAGGUGGUGCCUCAGGAGACAUAGCCCGGAGGCCGAGAGGCUGCGGAGGAGCACACAGAGCCCCGAGCCCACGCCAGCUCCCCGCCAUCCACAGCUCAGCUGCGCACCCAGCAUCCCUCGCUGUCCCUCCCAGGUCAGGCAGCUGAGGCUGCUGUGGAAACUCUGGUACGAACCUACGAAUCUCGUCCCUCAAGUAAGGUCCACCCUGGGACCCAGGCGGGGACUGCGCUCCUGCCAGGAGCGGCUUCUGGCCUCCUUGGGUCCUUUUCCCUUCCUUCCUUUGUUUACUUGUUUUUUUAACUUAAAUUCGGGGUCAAGUUGACACCACUAAGAGGAUGUUUGAAGGGGCUCGGAGGGCAGGAGCCUUCCUUUUUCCCUGUCUCCCCUUUUUUUCUCCCGCACACAAUGUGCCAGGGACCAGAUCACUGUCCCUGGGCGAACAGAGCUACUGAGCCUUGGAACCUCAUCGUGACCGCAGACCUGCACUGAUGGCCGGACAGCCGGCCCCACACACACGUGCUUGUCUUCUUUAUUUUUUUAUGGUUAUAAAUGCGGCGACAUUCGUGAAAAUUGCCCCAUGGGCUUAUGUCUCUCUGCCUUAAAGACCCAAGAUAGGACCCUCCCCGCCAGUCCCAGAAGAGACACGGCCUCUGCAGAGAGGGCUUGCAGAGCAGAAACUCAGCCGUGGGGCGGCACCAGGGUGGAGGUGCCUGGAAUGGGGCGGGUCGGGGGCUGGGCAAGGUGAAGGAUCCAGGGUGGGUGAUUCCGGGGGUCCUCCCAGGAGGUGCUUCAGGCCUGUUGGAAUCCUGAUGGCCUGUCCUAGCCUGAGACUCCUGAAACACCAUCCUAAGCCGGUGAGCAGCCCUGGGGAGGGGGCAUGCUGGCAUCCCUGCAGCUCCCCAGGCCUGGCCUUAAGGCAAUGCGGCCUCUGUGUCCAGUUUUGGAGGCCGAGCUCUGGUUCACGCAGACGAAGCCCUGCACUUCUGUCUUCUGGAAACAGAGACAAGAAAGGCAGACACGCCAUGGCCAGGCACCCCAGUGCGCGCCCACCCUGGGCCCCACACAGCAGUGUCCCCAGCCCAAGGUUGCCGCUGCCCUCAGGCUCCAGAGUACUGGCCUCUGUGCCACCCCACACCCCACAGCAGCCCCUUCUGGCUGGGGCAGGGUUCCCGCUCCCGGCCGAGGCACCUCCUCGCCCUGUCUGUCCCCCUCACGGUCUGUCCUGGUCCUGGAGAUAGCGUCAAGCACGGCUCACCUCUCUGCGGCCUGUGUCUGGAGGCCCCUGUACCCUCGCGUGGCCCUCACCCCCUGUGGAGAGGUGGAACUAGCGGCCCGUGUUUUCCUUGUUCCUGUUUCUUCCCUGGGGGAGGCAGCUGAGGCCUGGCUGACUCGGCCCACUUUCCUGAGCUGUCCCUGCCUCUGUGGAAGCAGCCAGGUGCCCACAGAACAAGAAGACCGCCCUGCCAGACCCCUCCUGAGCUCUGGGGGGGCUCUUCCUCCUCAGCCACCGGCUUCUCCCCAGCGCUCAGCUGUGGCCAGAGGAGCAGCCCUGUGGCACAGCCCCGAGUCCCCCAAGCCAGAAGGCCCUGGAGCAGGCUUACUGAUCUGUACACAGCUUUACUGACCAGCUUGCUCAAGCUGCCAGCUCUGAGCAAGUGCCCGGUGGAGCCUGCCACCCUCUGCCUAGGCACCAACCCCCUCAGCAUCCAGUGGGCCCACAGAAACCUGAUGAACAGUUUGGGGUCCUGGGCCAGAUGUCCGUCUCUCCUGCUCGAGGAAUGAAGACCUCUGUUCCAGAGCCCAGGAGCCCAUCCAGCCCUGGCGCCCCUGCCACACUGCUUCCAGCUGUCCAUGGACUGGCUGCCGGUGUCUGCUCAUAGGAACUGCAUCUUUUCUGGGGCCCAAGGGAUCAGCCCACCGUCUGGAGGCUGAGGACCGGCAGCGGCAGGUGAACUGACUGUCGGAUGAGACAACACCAAGUCCCUCCCGUACCUGUUCUCCUGGCCGCAGAGACGGACAGAGCUGGUGCCCAGCCUGCCUGGAGGGCGGGUGUGUGAACCCAGGAGGCAGUGGACAUUGGAGGCAGUCACGGCUCUCGAGACGGGGGAGGUGCUCCCUGGUCUCACCCACCCCUGGGAGCUUUCCACGGGGGCCAGCAGGGCCUGUGUGGGUGUCUGCCGCUUCCCGCCCCCAGCGGGGCCGUGGGAUGCCAUUCUGUGGCGGCCUCCUGCUCUGGGAGGUGGACGUGCCUUAAGGAAGCAGGAGCAAGCAGCCUGUCCAUGAGACACGCUUGCCUGUUGGCUGCUGUGGCUGUGGGCGACAUGGGGGCUGCCCGUGUCCGUGGCGGAAAGUAGCUCCUUAGUGAAAUCGCGGCAGCCGCUGGGGUCCCUCUUCACACUGCAAAGUCUCUCUCGGGCAUCUGGGUUGUGAGGGGGAAGAACUUCUCCACAGAAGGUCAUGGGGCGGUGUCCCCCAACCCAGCCCAGGGACCCCAAUUCAGAAAGCAGGGGCUGUGUCCACUCCCCUCCUGCUGUGCUGGAAUUCCACAGGGUCCAGGGAAGACUUCCCUUUCCCUUCCCUUUUUCUCCAUCCUCCACUGACAAAUGCCACAAUGGUUUUCACUCAUGGGUCUUGCGUGUUUUAAAGCACACCCCACCAAGACAAGCAAGCGUGUUUUCCGUCGUUUUGCUUUUUUGUGUUGUGCUAACGUCUUACUAAUUUAAGAUGCUGUCGGCACCGUGUUUAUUUAUUUCCAGUGGUCUUGCCCAGCCUUGCUGCUCUGCGUGGCGCAGGUGCCACGCCUGCUCCGUGUCUGUGUCCCAGCCACGCAGGGCCAUCCACUGUGACGCCGGCCGAGCAGGCCGGACACCCUCUGCCGAGUAAUGACGUGUGUGGCUGGGAUGUCUUUUGUUUUGUGUUAAUGGCUAACCUGUUAUAUUGGGCUGGGCUGGGCUGGGCAAGGCAUUCGGGCUUUUUUGUGGGGUUUUUGUUUUUAAAGAAACACUCAAUCAUCCUAC